AUGACUUCGCAUCUGCAAGGGUUCCCUUCAAGUGCACCGCUACACCUCACCAAGCAACGAUGUCUUUCGACCAGAACCCUCGCCAAGCGACCCUCCAAAGUCUCAGACGAAGACCUAGACCAAUUCAAACAACUCCUCAAGCUCUCCAAGAUCGGCCCGGAGACCUACGAAAACCAAGUCGCCAACACCAAGGAUUAUCGCGGAUUCGGCCGCAAGACUGAAGCCCGCAUCAACAGCUAUCCCAACUUCACUACUCAGAUCGAAGAGGAUGGCUUUACUUUCAACGUCCAUUUCAUCGCUCUGUACUCGCAGAAGCCGGAUGCCGUUCCUUUGCUUCUACUUCACGGAUGGCCGGGGUCAUUCCUGGAAUUCCUGGGAACUCUCGAUAUCUUGAGGGAGAAAUAUAAGCCUGAAGACCUUCCCUUUCACGUCAUUGUUCCAUCUCUGCCAGGCUACGGAUACACCAAUGGGCCGCGUCUUGACAAGGACUUCGAUAUCGAGGGUGCUGCGCGUGUUCUGGACAAGCUCAUGAUCGGUCUAGGCUUUGGCGAUGGUUACAUCUCCCAAGGCGGCGACAUCGGCAGCUUCCUCACCAGAGUAAUCGCCGUAACGUCAGACUCCUGCAAGGCUGCGCACAUUCAUUGGUGUAUUGGCCAGCAAGGCGACACUGCCAACUUGACUAAUGCCGAGAAGAAAGGUGUCGAGCGCUGUAUAGACUUUGCUACGCUCGGGAAUUCGUACGCUAGAGAGCACGGUAACCGCCCCGCCACUAUCGGCCUCGUCCUCUCCUCUUCGCCCACAGCGCUCCUAACCUGGGUUGGCGAAAAACACCAACAAUGGACUCACGAGACCCCACCCAUUGGCGACAUCCUUGACUCCGCCACCCUCUACUGGUUCACUGAGUUCUUCCCUCGCGCAAUUUACCCUUACCGCCAAUUCUUUGGCGCCAAUCCAACUUUCUUCCAUAACGAGCCGCAGUGGUAUAUCAAGAAGCCGCUAGGAUACUCUUGGCAUCCGGAAGAGUUGAGCCCGGUGCCUAGAGAUUGGGUCGCACAGACGGGCAACUUGGUAUGGUAUAGAGGUCAUAAACAAGGUGGACAAUUCGCGGCUUGGGAAUUGCCCGCGACCUUUGUCAAGGGUAUGGAAGACUUUGUCGCAGAGGUGUGGCCUAAAGCGAAGUGA